AUGGAGGCAGGAAACUUCAGCCAGGUCUCAGAGUUCCUCCUCCUGGGCCUCUCCGAGGACCCCCAGGAGCAGCAGCUGCUCUUCAUUCUCUUCCUGGUUAUGUACCUGGUCACGGGCCUGGGCAACCUGCUCAUCGUCCUGGCCAUUGUCACUGACGCCCGGCUCCACACCCCCAUGUACUUCUUCCUGGCCAACCUGGCCUCCGUGGACAUCUGCUUCACCUCCACCACUAUCCCCAAGAUGCUGGUUAACCACGUCACAGGGCACAGGGGGAUCACAUACGCUGGCUGCCUCAUCCAGAUGUUCUUCUUCAUCUGGUUCAUCUGCAUCGACAGCUUCCUGCUGGGCGCCAUGGCCUACGACCGCUACGAGGCCAUCUGCCGCCCCCUGCACUACGCCACCUCCGUGACCCCUCUGGUCUGUGUCCUGCUGGUGGCGGCGUCCUGGGCCGGGGCCUUGGGGAACGCCCUGGUGCACACAAUACUGAUGGCCCAGCUGUCCUUCUGCGCCCACAACCGGGUGCCCCACUUCUUCUGUGACGUCAGCCCCCUACUGAGGCUGGUGUGCUCUGACACGUCCCUCAUCAACUUCGUCCUGAACACUGUGGGUGCGCUGCCCCUCUUCAUCCCCUUCAUGGGCAUCCUGGUCUCCUACACCAAUAUCUUCGCGGCCGUGCUGAAGAUCCCAUCCGCCAAGAGCAAGCAGAAGGCAUUCUCCACCUGCGGCUCCCACCUCUCCGUGGUCACCCUGUUCUACGGGACCCUCAUCGGGGUGUAUUUCAACCCCACGUCCGCCCACACGGCCCAGAAGGACACAGUGGCUGCGGUGAUGUACACCGUGGUCACCCCCAUGAUGAACCCCUUCAUCUACAGCCUCCGGAACAAGGACAUGAAGGGUGCCCUGGCGGCCCUGGUCAGCAGGAGGCCAGCUUUUCCUUGGUGA